AUGGCAACCCAUACUAUUCAGACAGACCUACAUGAUUUCGAACCUGCUCCCAAAUUAUCAAUAAAGGAUCUUAAUCCAAAUGUAAUCAAAGCGGAAUUUGCCGUAAGAGGUACUAUCCCCAUGAAGGCACAAGAAUUACAAACACAAUUAAACAAAAAUCCACAUUCAUUACCCUUCAAUGAAAUUACUGUUGCAAACAUUGGUAAUCCACAAGAAUUACAUCAAAAACCAUUAACUUUCGCAAGACAAGUAGUAUCAAUCUUACAAUAUCCAGAAUUACUAAACCGUCGUAACGAACUAACCUCAACAACACCACCAAUAUAUAACAAUGAUUCAUUCGAUCGUGCAGAAAAAUUAUUAAAUGAAAUUGGUGGCUCAGUGGGGGCAUACUCUGCAUCACAAGGUGUUUAUGGUAUAAGAAAGACAAUAGCUAAUUAUAUAACACAAAGAGAUUUAGGUGAAUCAGCAUCUCCAAAUGAUAUCUUCAUGACAACAGGUGCUACUGCGGCAAGUUCUUAUUUAUUAUCUAUCCUUUCUAAUGGUCCACAAACAGGAGUAUUGUUACCUAUACCACAAUAUCCAUUAUAUACAGCUUUGUUAGCAUUACAUAACGCUACCAUGUUGCCUUACUAUCUUGAGGAAGAAUCUGGUUGGUCCAUUGACACUAACGAGAUUGAAAAAACAAUCAAAAAAAAUGCCAUGACGAAAGGUAUUCAACCAAAAGUUAUGGUCAUUAUAAACCCGGGGAACCCCACAGGAUCAAUCUUAUCUGAAGAUUCAUUAAUUAAAAUCUUUAAUAUUGCUGCCAAAUAUGGGAUUGUAAUAAUAGCUGACGAAGUUUAUCAAGAAAAUUUAUUUAAUGGAAAUAAAUUCCAUUCUUGUAAAAAAGUAUUAAGAUCUUUACAAAAACAAUUCCCCACACAGUAUAAUAAUGUUCAAUUAGCAUCAUUACAUUCCACUUCAAAGGGAUUAUUUGGAGAAUGUGGUCAAAGAGGUGGUUAUAUGGAAAUUAUUGGUUUCAAUAAUGAUGUUAGAAAUUUGAUUUUAAAAUUAGCUUGUAUUGAUGUUUGUCCAGUAGUGACAGGUCAAGCAAUGAUGGAUUUAAUGAUUUUACCACCAAAACAAGGUGAUCAAUCUUAUCAAUUAGAUUGUAUCGAACGUCAACAAAUUCAUAAUGAUAUGUUAAAUCGUGCUAAAAAAUUAUAUGAUAUGUUUUCUCAUAUGGAGGGAAUUCAGUGUCAAAAACCACAAGGUGCAAUGUAUUUAUUCCCAAGGUUAUUAUUAUCAACAAAGGUAAUUGAUGAAGCUAAGAAAUUUGAAAUGGAACCAGAUGAAUUUUAUUGUCAUGAAUUAUUAAAUGAAACUGGGAUUUGUACCGUACCUGGUUCAGGAUUCGGUCAAAAGCCAAAUACGUAUCAUUUAAGAACUACCUUUUUGGCACCGGGAGAUCAAUGGAUUAACAAAUGGGAAAAAUUCCAUAAAGCAUUCCUUAAAAGAUAUACCUAA